UUUAUUAAAUCAUUUGUUUAUAAAAUUUUGUGACAUAACCAAUUUUAUUGUGGGAAAAUUCCUUUGUGGGAAAAGAAUACACAUCGAAUUAUGAGAAAGGCCUUUUUCAAAUUGCACUAGUCAUGACUACUCUACAUCAAGAAAUCGUCCCAAAUUCUGAACAUGAGGCGCACGAAGCCGACAGGAGCAGCCAGGAGAGCUCUUGCGAGGCGACCAAAGAACUAUUCCGUCGCGACCUCAGUCCAAAGAAAGAUGAGCCGAUUCCCCCACUAGAACCACCUGAAUUCCCAAUCCCAGCUCCCACUACAAAAACCACCAGCAAACCCAUCAUCAAAGCUUCCCUAGGAACAAAAGAACUGACCCAAAAAAAGAAAUCCAACUCCGGAAUUCCUCUCCGACUCAAAUCGGGCGCUAACCCCGCCAAGAGUCCCAAAUCCUCGAGUUACCGCCACUCCACCACCUCCGGGCUUCCCGUCAUCAACAGGAACACACUCGAAGUCCAGUUCAUGAACAACAAGAAGCGCCUGAUGCAACUGCACUCCGAACUGAUAGACCGCCAGAGGCCGCUACAAGAGAUGCACAAAUCACUAAUGAGGACCAAGAAGCAACUGGAAGAGCUCGGCAAGAAGGUGGUGCUGGAGGACCUCAAGAUCAUCUCUCUCAAGGUAGACGACUCAAAAAUGAGCGGCGCAGGCGAAAAUCCGGCGAACGAAGCUGUGACGAACCUGAGGAGCUCCAUCGAAAGCGCGCUGGACACGUGCAUGAAAGCCUGUAACAAGUGCUUCACCGAACGCGACCAAGUUUUCAAAAUGUUCGAAAGCUCGUCGAAAUCCGCUGUUGAGAUAUCGGAACUCGAUGCAGGGGUCGAAGAGCUGAAGAAGAAGGAGGAGAAUUUGGAGAAGACGAUGCAGGUGGCGCUGAACGAGAGCGAAAAGAAGAUUCAAGAAGCACUUGAUAAUUGGCAGAAAACGAUUAAGAUGAAAAUUUUUAGUAACGAAGCGGCCAACAAGAUUUCCACUUUGGAGGAUACAGUGAAGCAUCAGCAGAAGUUGCUGCACGAAGCGGAAGAUAAUCUUCAUUCGGUUACGAGGAAGUAUGAAGAUAAGAAGGCGACGUACGAGAAGACUAUCACCGAAAUGCAAGAAAAAUACACGAAACUGGAAGACGAAAUGAAGAGGGAGAGGAAGGCGGCGAAUGACAAUCUGAUGAAGAGUAGAAACAUGCGGGGAAAGAUGACAGAUAUAGAAACGAAAGCCAAAGAGGCUGAAGAAAAAAGCAGCGAAGCGAUGCACAAACUUAAACAAGUCCAAGAGCAAAUGCGAAGAAAAGAGAUCCAAUGGAUGAAGGAAAAAGAUGAGUUCAAAAAGAACGAAGCCCUCCUGCAGCAAAAAUUCACAGAGAAACAAAAUCAGUUUGACACAAGGUUGAAAGACAUGGAGACCAUGCAGAAGUCCGCAGAAACUCAACAACAGACCUGCUGCCGGAACUUCGAAACGCAGCUGGAAAUCAAAGCCCAGGAAUACGCUCUACUGGAAAAAGAAAAGGACGCGAUAUCCGCCAGGAGCAAACAAUUGGAAGAACAAGUCGAAGAACUGAAACGACAACUGGACGACAGGGAGAAAGAACUGGACGAGAUGAGCAUCAAAAUGGAUAAUAUUCCUGCGAUCGAGUACAAGCCAAGCGAGACUCAUUUUAUGGAACUGAUGGAUUACAAGCAGAAAGUCACAGACACGCAAAAGCACAUUGAGCAUCUCAACGAUCAAGUAACUAAGAUGCAAAGCUCGCUGAAAGCUCACGCGAAAUUAGCAGCCGCCCUGAAACUGGAGAAGGAUAAUGCUAUCAAAUAUUCAGCGAAGCUGAGGGAGGUCUUGCACGAGGCCAAAGAGGAACUGGAGUAUAAAAACAAAACCAUCUACAAGAUCCACGAGAAGCUCGUCCUGAAAGACAAGGCGUUCGACAAGCUGAAAGCCCAGAUGAAGGAAUUGGAAGCGUGUUCCGAAUUUUCCGGCGAGAAAUGGGGCAAGAACAGGUGUCAAAUUUGCAUGGCAACGAUGGGCGAAGAAAAGACGGAGCAUCCGUCAUGCGUCGAAACAGAAGUGGGUAAAUCUUAUAUAAAUUCGCCGCAAUACGUGUCUGAGUCGUUGAUUGGCAUGUCGGUGAAAAAGGUGGAUCAUCUCCGCGCUCGUCUCGACAACCUCAAGAAAAUUAAACUUCCGAGCGCUCCGGGAAAAAAAGCUCUCAACGUAAAUUAUUCGUGGUCGCAUCACACGCGCGAUUCCAACCAGCUUAAUAACAACCUGCGAAAACAAAUCGAGCUGAGGGGGAAGUUGUAUCAGAUUUUACAAAAGCAUGCCGAUCAAUCUUGCGAGGAUUUCAUUAAUUUAUUGAAGCUGACAGUGUCGAAUGGCGGAAAGGGAAUGCCCGACGAAUUAAAACCUUCAAACACGAAAGACGUUGACGAAACGGGUCAAAAUUCCAGGCAGAGAAAAGAUGCCUCGAAAAUAGAAACAUCCGAGUCGUUUAAUAUCAUCUCUGAUCUGCUUGGUGCGGGUACGUUUAACGAAAUUUGCGAAAAGCUAAAUGAGUCGGCUAAUUCGGACACUGACUAUUAAUUAUUGACGAUGAAAGGUUUGAAGGAUUUAAUUCUGUCUCUAACGUCAUUACGUUCUGUACAGCGUGUUUUUGUAUUUCAGAUUUGAAUUAAAUUCAUCAGGCCUUUCUCAUGACGGUGCUAAGAUUUGGUUCCCUCAAUGUAUCAUAACUGUAACAAUAAAAAAAGCACGUUUGUUA